AUGACGGAGCAACAACAGCAACCGGCGCAAGGCACACCGCCCAAGACCUCGGCCGCCUCCGCGUCGUCCUCCGCCACCGCUCCCGGAUACACCCUCUUGCCAGGUCGCAUCCCUGCACCCCUGCAGAGAUUGUUUGCCCGCUUCCCACUCUACACAUACCCGGCCAACGACCUGCCGGCGCGAUGUCCUCGACCCCGGGAGAGCAGCAGCAGCAGCAGCAGCAGCAGUCUCCCAACUCUGUUUGUCUUCAUCUCUGACGAGGAUGCCGCCAAGGGCCGGCCUAGCUUUAACCCUACUUGCCUAAAGUGGCAGACAUUCCUUCGCAUAGCAGGCGUCGAGGUCCAAAUCCUACCGUCGACGAACCACGCAUCCCCGACAGGCGCCCUCCCCUUCCUCCUCCCGCCUUCGUCUCCGACACCGAUACCUGCCAACAAACUCCAAGCCUACGCCGCAGCCGCCACCAAAACCAACAACACCCCCCAACAAUCAGAACCCACCACCACCCUGACCAAGGAAUCCGAAGCCCUCAACACCUCUCUAGUCGACCACCCGAUCCGCCGCGCCUGGCUCCACGCCCUAUACCUCGAGCCGGCCAACACCGAGCUCCUGACGUCUCUGUACCUGUCGCCAGCGAGCCGGUCGACGCUGGCCCAGCGCGCUCUCCACGCGCAGCUCCGCGCCGCCGCGCACGCCGAGCUGGCCGCGUCGCACAACGGCGUCGACAGCCCCUCGGCCUCGACGCUGCGCGCCGACGCGGCUCGGGCGUUUGCGAGCCUGGGCGCCGAGCUGAGCGGCCGCAAGUGGUUCGCCGGCCCCGCGGGCCCGGGCCUGCUCGACGCCGCCGUCUUCGCCUACACGCACCUGCUUCUCGCGCUGCCGUGGGGCGACAGGUCGCUUGCCGAAGCGCUGGCGGCCGAGGCCCCGGCCCUGGUGGACCAUAGGGAUCGGAUGCUGGAGAGGCUCUGGGGUGGCGGUGGUGGUAGUGGAGGAGGAGGCUCUGAGGAUUGCGGUGCGUCUGUGGAGUGGGAGAAGGUUUGA